AUGGAUAAAGAAUGUAUGCAUAUCAACUUGAUGAACACUACGUUCGCUGAAAGUGGAUACGAUAUUCCUGUGUUUGGUGUCGGCCAUUACUGUUUCAAUGUAAUUCACGUGACGGCCAUCGUCUGCUUGUUGUUGAGUUUAUGUUCUGCCGUUGUAGUUAUUAUACUUUUAUAUAAAUCGAAAGUAGGAAAGCCGUUUAUGAAAUGGCAUAAACAUGAACGAUUUUUGCUAUACAGAUGUAUUUGUGAUACCUCUUAUGGUUUUGUACAUAGUUUGGACCACACCCAGAUACUGAUUACAAAGGACCAUGUCCGUCCAAGUGGAUUGUGCUCCUUUUGUGCCUUUGAUUCUGUAAAAGGUGUCAUUGCUAACAUUAUAGUAAGCACAGGAAUGAUUGGUGCUAUAUUGGUAGCACUUUCAACUUUAUACGUGUUCACAUGGUACCGAAUUUAUACAGAAUCAAAGAAACUUAAAACUAACCUGGGCAACAACGGUAGUCUUAGAAGUGCAACAUUGAAAUCUGCGAAAGCCAUGUGUUUGUUUGUAGUGGUUUAUAUAAUUCAAUGGACACCUGUUACUGUGUAUGGAACAUGGCAGCUUAUUUCUGAUGUUCCGUUCGGACUAUUUUUAGCAGUUGUUAUCAUGACAAAUCUAAGUGGUGUUUUCAGUGGAGCAAUCUGGCUGUUCAACAUGUCAAACAAAAAUUCUGUUUCAAACCAAGGUCAUGGAGAAACAAAUCUGGACAUGACAGCUAGCAAGGGCAGAUCUACAUGUUAUACAGACCAGAGUUCUACUAAUAAACAAUGACUCUCACAUAACUUGGCCUAAAAUUAUACCUGCAUUUCCGCUUACCAUAC